AUGCGCUUCACAUUUCUGGGGGCAGAAACCACGGCGAAGGCAAACGCACCCGCCCACUGCCUUCGCCUCCCGCUCGCCCCGGGCCGCCCGCGCCCACCCCGCGCCGCUCCACGCGAGCCCGCCCGCCCCCCGGGUGUCCCGCGGGGGAGCACUGCCCGCCCCACCGGCACCCCCGACCGGGCAGCGCCACAACAGGUUGCGGAGGCGGCUGCGGGGCAGGAGCUGGCCCCGCAGAGGCUGCAGCCGCACUCCCCAGGGAGGGCGAACGGGGGAGACCGGGAUGGACACCCCUACCCCCACCCCGCUCUGGGGAGCUGGCACCCCGGAGCAGCGGCGGUGAUCCUGCCCGCUCCCGCCGGGGGCCCUUUGUUCUCGCCACCCAAGACGCCGCCGCCCGGCAGCCCCGCGCUCUCCCAGGCGGCGGCUCACCCCACCGGGGGAGAAAGGCGCGGUCUGCCGCCCCCCGCUGCAGCGCCCUCCCUCGCUCCCUCCUCCCACCGCAGGAACGGCCGGGGCCAGCCGCGGGAAACGCUCCGGGCCACUGCCGACCGCCCCGCGUCUCGCACACGGCACAGGCACCCCGCCCGGGACGCCCCGCCGCGGUCGGCGCUGCGCCCCGCGGGGCGCGACCCCUCUCCCCCGAGCCCACCCCAGAAGUCCGCCCGCCGGGGCUGCCCCGAGCGCCGCAGCCCGCCCGGGAAGGUCACGCCGCGGCGGCAAUCCCCGCGCCCCCGGCACCGCGGCGCCGGCAGCGCACGGCGGCCCCCGCGGAGCGCCCGGGGCGGCGGCGGGGCCGAAGCGGGCGGCGGGGCCAUCGCUCGGGGGCCGCGAUCCGCGGGGCUCAACAGGCGGCGGAGUUUGGCGGCUCCCAGGGAGACGAUCCCGCCGUGUCGGGAGCCGGACACGGGGCUGAGGAGGGAGAGGCGACGUAGCCGAACCACUUACCGAGGCUCCGGAGCUCCGCCGUCCGCAUGCUGCCUCCGGGCGCCGCGCGAGAAGCCGCUCCGCACCCCGCCGGCAGCUCCGCUCCGCUCGCUCCUUCAGCCGCCGCCGCCGCGCGGGACCGCGCUCCGCGCGCGCCACCGCCAGCCCGCCCACGCCGGGGCCGCGCGCCGCGCCCGCCCCGCCGCCAGCCCAGCCCAGCCCAGCCCUGCCCGCCCCGCCGCCGCCACCUGCCGCCCGCGGGCUCACCUGAGCUGCGCUGCGCUGGGCCCCCGCUGCCGCGCUGGGCCCCGCGGCGAGGCAAGGCGCUGCUGCCGGCCGAGUCCUGCCCCGCUCUACCGCGGCCUGCGCUGCGCUGCCACCCGCCUUGCCCGCCGAGUCGGCCCGCAGCCGGCGGGCAGGGCCCGCCCCGGCCAGGUGUGGGCGGGGAGGGCGGGGGGCGGCCCGGUGGGGCGGGCGAGGGCGCGGCCGCGGCCCGGGGCGGGCGCUCUGGAGGCGCCGCCGGAAGGAGCCGGACUGGCAGCUGGGGGGCCCUCGCCGCUCUCCUCGGCCGGCUGCCGGCAGACGGGGUUACGGCCGCACCGUGCCUCGGAGCGGGCCCUUUGCCCACGCCCGGUCCCUCCGCUCUGA